ACAGUGGAGAGCCCUGAGAAAGGCAGUGGAUUCCUCUCAUACGGCCACUAAAAGAGACACAGAUAGGCGCAUUUUCACACAUAAAUGGAGGCACGAGCGUAAGCGCCAUCUAACAACCGCAAACCUUUAAACAUGGUGAAGGACCAAGAAGUGGAGCGCAUCGCUAAAAAGCUGGACAAAAUGGUGCACAAGAAAAACACAGAUGGCGCCCUUGACCUGCUUCAAGAGCUGAAGAACAUGACGAUGUCUUUGGAGACCCUACAGUCCACCCGGAUUGGGAUGUCAGUGAACGCGGUGCGGAAACAGAGCUCAGAUGAGGAGGUACAGACUUUGGCUAAAUCACUCAUCAAGACCUGGAAGAAACUGCUGGAUGGUUCUGAGGGUAAAUCGGAGGAGAAGAAAAAAGUAGGAUCUCCUCUCCAGUCGUCCUCUUCUAAAGACUCUCCUGGAUCCAGUGACACUAGUAAACCUGAGACGCCGAAAACUCCCACCACCCCGAUAAACCCCAAGUUCACCACUUUUCCACCUGUGCCUGUUACGACUGACAGCGUCCGGACUAAAUGCAAAGUGCUGCUGGUGUCAGCACUCCAGACAGAUGGUGAUUACCAAACAAUUGGAGUAGACUGUGAACACCUAGCAGCACAGAUUGAAGAUUAUAUCCUUCCUGAGUUCAAAUCCACCGACAUGAAGUAUAAGUCCAGACUGAGGAGUCGCAUCUCCAACCUCAAGGACCAGAAAAACCCAGACUUGCGCCGAAACGUUCUAUGUGGCAACAUCCCACCGGACCGCAUCGCCAACAUGACAGCAGAAGAGAUGGCGAGUGCAGAGCUAAAAGAGAUCAGAAAAGCUCUGACGAAGGAGUCCAUUCGAGAGCACCAGCUCUCCAAAGUGGGCGGCACAGAGACGGAUAUGUUUGUCUGUGGCAAGUGCAAGGGAAAGAACUGCACCUAUACUCAGGUCCAGACACGCAGCGCUGAUGAACCUAUGACCACCUUCGUGCUGUGCAACGAGUGUGGAAACCGGUGGAAAUUUUGUUAAGACGAAAGAGACCAGGAUUCUUCUUAUGAAGAAUGACCUAAUAGUCAAUCAU